AGUAACAAGAAUGCUUAGAAAUACUGUGCUGUGUAUGUUUAUUAUUAUUCAAAGUAAAAGAUUUCUUAUACACAAGGCAGCAUUUUCAGUUUUCGGAUGCAGCCAUGAUCAGUAACUGUCAGCCAUUUUCACUAGCCUUACAUUUACUGAUCAUGGCUGCAUCCGAAAACUGAAAAUGCUGCCUUCGGAGGACACAUUCCAAGGCAUCGAGGCAUGUUCGAAUCAAAUGUUAGCUUCACUUCCUGUCUCAUGAGAUACCUUCAUCUGAUCAGCAUAGAUUUAUCCUUGAUGAUAUCCCACAAUCCUGUGCUUUCCAUUCUGUGACAGCUGAGCUAAAAAAUAAGCAAGGCGUCUAAAAGUGGUCAGUUUGUGUGUAAAUAUACAUUUUUGACCAGCUGUUUCCACUUCUGAUGUCAUUUCUAGCAAGAAACUACUAUUGUAGUGUAAAUAUUUGUUUAGUUUUCACCAAAGCUUGCGCUAUUUUGCUGUAGAAGCUUUCGGACGCAGCUCAUGUCUGUGUUUUUAUCGGUUUUAACUCUGUUAGGAAAAUGUUUAAUGAAACAUAUUUGUGUAAAAAAAAAAAAAAAAAAAACAUUUUAAAUAUAAUUGUAUAAAAGAAAAUAAAUUAAAGUAUGAUUAUUUAAAAAUUGUUUUUAUUGAAAUAUUUGCAAGAUUUUUUAAUUGAAAUAAAUUAUAAAUAAAAAUGAUAAAUAUUACAAAUCUCAGUUGGUAUUCCAGAAAGCAAGGUUAACUUGCCGUCACAUGUACCCUGAACUCUCGGUUGAUUAACCCAAACCUUGCUUAUUCAAGGUAUUCAGGUUCCAAAACAGAGGUCUGGAGUAAGUUCAGUCAACCCAGAGUAUGAAACUCAGAGUUAACAGUGACCACACAAAGACAUUCUCAAUCUCAACUGAUCGCCGAAUCCAGGAGUCACCAUGAAAACAGACACUUAGAAGAAGGCUGUGUCUGAAAUCGCCCCUUACACCCUUAAAUAGGGCACUAUUUGAAAGGAAAAGCCAUUUGUAGUGGUGUAGUGGAAACCAUAGUGGACAUUAUCGAGUGCACUCAUUUAAUCCCACAAUGCACCCCAGUAACAAGUGUUAUGCUCAACUGCUAAAGAAUACCCAUAAUGCACUGUGAGGGUCAUGAAUCCCUGUGUCUUGCCAGAAGAUGGCGCCCGCAGAUGAAUCAUCUAUCCAUCCAUUUUACAAACCACUAUAAAUUCCUUUUGAAUUAAUUAUUACAUUGGGAUUUGUACAUAGUUUGAAAUAAUUAUUAAACAGCAAGCACAAACUAUGCAAAAGCGGCACAAUCACUCCCUCUAGUGGACUAAUGUAGGGAAUAGUGAAUAAGGGUAUAGGAGGCGAUUUUGAACACAGCUGCAGUGUGCAAUACUUCUUUCUUCUUCUUUUGUUUAAUGGCUAUUUACAUUCUUAAUACAUAUCGCCACCUACAGGGCAGUUGUGCAAUAAUUUAAGAAAGUAAGUUCUGGCUACCUGAAAAGUUCCCUAAGGAUUUGGAAUGGAAAGUUGAGGUUAUCAGCCUGCUCUGAGUAAACUUACCCAGCUAAGUCACACAACCUGGAAGUUUUCUGGAAUACCCCCUGAACUAGUUGCAGAUAGUAAAAAAAAUCCUAAAUAAGACAGUGUUUAACUGGAAAAUCCAGAAACAACCAACUUCUGUUUCUAACUGGUCCGAGUUGGCUUAUGUGGUUCAUCAACAGAACUACCAGUCGCUGGGGGCAGAAGUCAACCAGAUGUAGGAGGAGCGGUCAGCCAAACCUACACGAACCCUGCAGAACUGCCUCUGGUGGACUUGUGAAGGCCGGCAGCUGAAUUUCCCUCGACUGUCAGGAUGUCCAUCAUGGAUCAUAGCCCCACCACCGGGGUCGUCACCAUUAUUGUAAUACUCAUUGCCGUUGCCGCACUGGGGGCUUUAAUUCUUGGUUGUUGGUGCUAUUUGCGGCUGCAGCGCAUCAGUCAGUCUGAAGAUGAGGAAAGCAUCGUCGGAGAAGGUGAAACCAAGGAGCCCUUCCUGCUGGUCCAGUAUUCGGCCAGAGGCCCACGGGUGGAGCACAAGACCAAGCUCACUCCUAACGGCAACGAGAGCCACACCUAAUUCUGCCUUCGCAAUGCAUACAAUGUAGUGGGGCGUCCGUCAGAUAUCUCCCUUACAAUAUCACUCAACACUGAAAUGAAUCCACUCUGCAUUUUAAACAAGGUGAUAAAUGAAGGCGAACCUAGUGCAUGCAGUUGUCUAGUUGCUUUGACUGUUGAUUUUUUUUCGGCCAUUUUGUGGUGGUAGAGCCCUGUUAUAAUGUGAAAUCGAUGACUGUAAGCGUUUUGUGCAAUGCUGUUUGUUUGUAAAGUUGUAGCUGAGUUCUGAAGCUAAAUCAAGACUCAUUCUGUUUAUUUGGUUGUAUUUUUACUUUACUGUUUCAUCCAGAGCUGGCUCUGGUAUUAAGAAAUUCAGCACACAUUUCAAUGGACUGAUGUCAAAGCUUUUGAGGCUUUUUAUCCAAUUCAUUCCUUUUUUUUUCAGGAAGAUAUUUCAGAAUUCCCAUAGAAAUGCUUUAUUGAAUUGCAAUACAAAAAGGAACAUUUUCAUUACAAAGAAGCACUUCAGGAUACCAUAACUUGCCAAAUUAUGUAAACUAGCUUUUAUAAGCUCUUACAUUAUGUUCAUGGGAUCAUGAUUUCAUUAGCACUUUUUAUCUUUCAUGUGGUGUACAAGUGAUUUUAUAUCAGCUGGUUCCGGUCUAAAACUGCUAGGAAACCACUAAAAACAACGAAAGCCAAUGAGUGAGGUCUUUUUUAUUCUUGUUGAAUACUGUUGUGGCCUCUGAGGCGUUCGUUUUUUUGUGGUUGAGCACAUUUCUACAUAGCGAGAGGUCAUUUGAAAGUGUAAAUAUCAUUUUUAUAGAUGGCUGGAUGCACAGCUGGAUACUGAAAAGUCAUUGUCUUAAGUUUUUAACCUGUUUCUUCACAGUAUUAUUUAAUUCCACAUAUUUUUGUGAUAACGUGAUGUUUGCUGUUUGUACAUGCGAGAUGAAAGAGAGAAAUGAUUUAUUUUUAUACAAUAUUCAUGCAAAUGUCAGUCAGGCAUUUAGAGAGAAAGAUGAAGCCUGAAAAAGCAGCUAAUAUGAUUUAAUUGAUGUUACUAAUUACAAAUCUUUAGGGUUCUGUCACACAUUUGAAGUCGACAGAUUUUUUUCUGAAUUAUGUGCUGUUCAAUAUACAGGAAAAGAAAAACAAGGAGGACAGUACAUGCAUGUUCAUUUAAUCUGCAUAUUUGAGGAAAAAAAAGCUACUUUUUAAUCAGUUAAGCGCUCAGUAUAUUGCUUAUGUCACUCCAGCCAGUGUAUCUGUCCAGUGUUUGACUGUACUGAACAAUAAAACCUCCUCUGUUACUAGGGAAA